AUGCGCGUUGAUCCCGAAGAAGAAGAAUUCGCGAAAUACCUGCUAAAGCUCGGCGACGGGGAACUCGAAGUGAAUGAACUCGGCGAAAUAGAAGUCCCAGAAGAAAUUCGCUCUGGUGGUAACCUCAUCGAUGAAAUCUUCGGACCAUGCCUCAGAAGUGGGAACUACGAAGCAAUGAAGAAUCGCGCUAUUCUUGCACCAUUGAACGACGAUAAGGACAAGAUCAACGAGCAGAUUAUCGCUAUGCUUCCAGGCGAAGAGAAGACAUACACAAGUUUCGACUCGGUAAAGGAUCAACAUGAAGGGGGAAUUCAAUUCGCGCCUGAAUUCCUGAACUCGAUCAACAUCGCCGACUUGCCUCCACACAAUCUGAAGCUCAAGAAGAACGCCAUCAUCAUGCUUCUCCGAAACUUGGACGUCUCUGAAGGAAUGUGCAACGGAACACGAUUGAUUGUCACCGAACUUUGCAACAACAUCAUCAAGGCUAAGAUCAUCACCGGUGAACACGCAGGCCGACAAGUACACCUUCCAAGGAUCACGCUCGACUCCAGCAAAUCACAGCUUGGCGCAACUAUGCAACGGCACCAAUUCCCAGUUACUCCAGCAUUCGCCAUUACGAUACACAAGUCACAAGGCCAAACAUUCGAAUUCGUCAGCGUGCUUCUCUUCACGACGGUCUUCGUGCACGGAAUGCUCUAUGUCGCGUUUUCAAGAGUCAAACGUCAAAGUGCGUUGAAGGUCCUGCUGCCUCCUGAGAAUCCAACCCACACCCAAAACGUCGUAUGGAAGGAAGUCCUGAACAAGAGAAACUCACCAGCCGCACCUACCUCUCCGACAAGAAACUACCUGGACAACAUGGAAGACUUCGCAAUCGAUGAUUAA